CCCAGCGGGGGAGAAAAGAGCGCCCCGGGGCCCAGGCAGGAAGCUUCGGGAACAGGGGGAGGGGAGGGGGGCCUGCCUCUGGGCAGAGAGCCAAAGCAGGGAGGCAGAGAGACCUCCACAGCCCCCCAGCCAGCAGCUGAAGCCCUAGGCAGGUAGGAAGAGGACCAGAGGGCAAGCCAGGUCUGGAGGACAGCUUGGGAGCGUCUUCUCCUUGGUCACAACCUGGAAGGUGGCUGGUGAUAAAGCAACAGCCCCUGCCCAGUCUGCCAAGAGCUGGGGCCAGGAUGGGCUGCCUUCUGAGGCUAGGCUCCUCUCUCACAGGCUACACGGUGAGGGCCAUUGUGCCAGCUGAGAAGGAGGAGCUGGUGUCAGUGGCCAGGGCCAUGCACCGCGAGAAAUUCGCCAAGAACGUCAAGGAGCUCUUCCACCUGGAGAAGGAGGCAGCACUCAAGUCCAUCCAGACAGGUCUCUACAUAGGCUGGCGCUGCCCUGAAUACCUGUGGGAUUGUUUCCGGGUGGGCGAUGAGUCCCGGUGCUUCUGUGGGCACCUGCUGAAGCUGCAUCAGGUGUACGUGGAGAAACGAGCCACUGUGCCCUGCACGGUUGCAGACUGCAAAUGCCAAGGAUUCGUGUUCAUUCCUUCGUGCCCGGAGGAGGUGGGUGAAUUCUGGCUUCGGCGAAGAACUGGCUUUGAUGUGGCAGCCUGGCGAGCAAAAUGCCGGUGCAAGCACACACACGAGGAACACAUGCCAGUUGGAGCACGUGGAUGCUGUGUCCGAGCAGCCUGAGCACCUUCCCAUGAAGACCACUCGCUCUUACACAGGCUCCCAGCUAGCCAUCGCAACUGGGAGAAGCAUCGUUAAGAAGCAGAACGUGUGUGGACCGUUGAAGAGAAGGCCAGAUCUGGAAGGCCAAGAGCCACCUCUGCUAGAACUGUCCAGGUCUGCAGAACGGAGGCACAGAUGACUGCUAACGGCCGGCUGAAAAGUGGAGCUGAUGCUGGAGGAGUUGUCCACGCCCCGCAGCACAGCGUUGCUUAGACGACAAUGACCUGCGUGGGAUCAUUGUCAGAGGGAAACCAAGUGAUUGCCUAAGUAUGCCAAAGAAAACCUCGAUAAACCUGACACGAGACAAAAAGGGAACUCUUCAGCCACAGCCACACAAGACACAU